CCCGUGGGCACAACUCAGACACUGAAACAGUCAUCAUCUUCUAAGGACCAGAACAACACAGGUGAGAGAGAGACUAGAGACUCUGACCAUGGCGUCGUUCGAACCUCAGGGCCAGUCUCCUCCUUGCUGUGGCCCCCAGUUCCCCAGCCUGGGCCAGGAACCUCCAGAACUCAGCAUGUACAGUGACUGCUACUACCCCCCUCCAUCGCUCCCCAGCCCCCAGCGCACCACCCCCACCUCCUACGACUACAGCACCUCCUCCCCCAACCCUUACCUGUGGUUUAACGGAUCCGGCAUCAAUGCUCCCCCAUACCUGGCCACCACCGGGCCCCCAGGUAACCCCGGGCCCCCUUUCGUCCCCCAGCACUACGGAAUGCAGAGGCCCUACCUGGGGUCCAGCGGGGCGGGGGUCCCUGGGAGGGAGCUGAGCUGGUUCUCUCUGCCCUCACAGGAAGACCUGAUGAAGCUGGUACGCCCGCCUUACUCCUACUCUGCCCUCAUCGCCAUGGCGAUCCACGGCGCCCCGGAGCGGCGGCUGACCCUGAGUCAGAUCUACCAGUACGUGGCCGAUAACUUCCCCUUCUACAACAAGAGCAAGGCUGGCUGGCAGAACUCCAUCAGACACAACCUGUCACUCAACGACUGCUUCAAGAAGGUCCCCAGAGACGAGGACGAUCCUGGUAAGGGUAACUACUGGACACUAGACCCAAACUGUGAGAAGAUGUUUGACAACGGAAACUUCCGUCGUAAGAGGAAGAGGAAGUCUGAUUCGCUGUCUGGAGGAGAGGGGGAGUCAGUAGGGCUGGAGUCAGGUGAUCCCAAUGACCGGGGGAGUCCCCAACCCCCCAGCAACCAUGGGAUCGACAUGUCCCCCACGCCAGAGAGAAUCCCCUCCCCUUCCUCCUCAGGUACCGCCCCUUGCCUGAGCAGCUUCCUGUCUGAGAUGUCUGGAGUGGCAUCUGGGGGAGCCAAUGUAAUCGGAGGAGAUUUGCUGAACCAGGCCCUGCCCAUAACCCUUACCCUGGACGGGACCCAGAGGCCUACACAGCCUGGGGGUUUUGGUAGUUACUGCCCUAGCUCAGGUGCUUCGGAGUGGGCUUCCCAGCUGCCGGCUCCUCCUGGCCUCUCCUCCUCGCCCACCCACUCCUCCCUGGGUUACAGCAGCCCCAUCCUCAGCCAGUUCAAUGGGCAUUUCUACCCUGGCUUGGGCUCAGCAAGCAUCCUAUACCCACGGGAAGGCACAGAGGUCUGA